AUGUCCUAUCUUCUGAGUUCUAGCCUGGUAACACACCGGAGGACUCACACAGGAGAGAAACCAUUUGAAUGUUCUAUUUUGCUAAUUCAAUCUAGUGGACACACCAGAGGACUCACACAGGGGAGAAAACCAUUUGAGUGUCCUACUGUGGGGAAAAGCUUUAGUGAUAAUUCCAAUUUGGUGACACACCACAGGAUUCACACAGGAGAGAAACCCUUUGCGUGUCCUGACUGUGGAAAACGGUACAGUCAGAAUUCCCACCUGGUGAUACACCAGAGGACUCAUACAGGAGAGAAACCCUUGAAAUGUCCUAUUUGUGGGAAAAGCUGUAGUGAUAAUUCUAACCUGGUGAUACACCAGAGGACUCACACAGGAGAGAAACCCUUUGAGUGUCCUGACUGUGGAAAACGGUACAGUCAGAAUUCCCACCUGGUGAUACACCAGAGGACUCACACAGGAGAGAAACCCUUUGAUGUCCUAUCUGUUGGAAACGUUUUAGUAAUAAUUCUAGCCUGUUGAACACACCAGAGGAUUCACACGGGAGAGAAACCCUUUGAAUGUCCUGACUGUGGGAGAUGUUUCAGUCGUAAUUCCCACCUGAUAAUACACCGGAGGACCCACACAGGAGAGAAACCCUUUGAAUGUCCUAUCUGUGGGAAAUGCUACAGUGAUAAUUCCAGCCUGGUG